AUGAGGCACAUAGGAGAUAAGAUUCUGCAGGAGUCCAAGCUGGUGGAGGUGUAUGAAGUGGAUGGCACAGUACACAGCAGAGAGUGGGUGGUGGAGACGUACAAGAGCAUGGCUUAUGAAUUUGCCAAAGAUCAUCGUGGAUUUGUUGGAAUGAAAAUCAUUUAUACAGAUCACAGAACCAAGGAUGUGUCUCUCAUCGCACAGUCCAUCAAAGAAGCCAUGGAGCUCUGGGCCCAGUUUCCCAAGACAAUAGUGGGCUUUGACUUGGUGGGGCGUGAGGAUACUGGCCAUAGCCUGCAUGACUACCAGGAGGCUUUGUUAAUACCAGCCUUGCAAGGCACUAAACUAUCAUACUUUUUCCAUGCUGGAGAGACAGACUGGCAGGGUACUUCCGCAGACACAAUCCUUCUGGAUGCCCUAGUGUUCAACUCCACCAGGAUUGGCCAUGGAUUUGCUUUGGGCAAACACCCAGCAUCCAUGGAAUACUUCUGGAAAAAGGACAUUCCCAUAGAGGUCUGUCCCAUCUCCGACCAGGUUCUGAAACUUGUGUCUGACAUGAGAAACCACUCUGCAGCUGCUCUGAUGGCCAGCAGGCACCCCAUGGUGAUCAGCUCUGAUGAUCCAGGCAUCUUUGGCUCCAAAGGCUUGUCCUAUGAUUUCUACAAGGUCUUCAUGGGCAUCGGGGGCAUGAAGGCUGACCUGAAGACCCUCAAGCAGUUGGCCAUAAACUCUAUCAAGUACAGCACCCUGUCGCCAACUGACAAAAUGGAUUUCAUGCAGGCGUGGGAGGAGAGAUGGAAUAAGUUUAUAGAUGACCUGUCCAAGAGGCCAUAGGGAGGUGAAGACAGCCCUCAGUCACAAGUACACAAGGGUAACCCUCCACUUUCUCUUAUUUUCAAGUCCAUUCCAGUGUAGUCUCUACCUCCAUCUCUUCAUCAGAACUGACCUUGUAAAGGUCAUCGAUGGCCUCCAUAUUGCUUGACCACUCAAAAACACUUGACUGUUGACCAAACUCAUCUUUUUGAAAUAUUCUUCUCUCUCAACCUCAUGACAACUCUUGGUUUUCUCCUCUCUCUGGACAUUGCUUUGGGGUUUGCUUUCCCAGAUCCUCCUUCUGUAUCUGAUCUCUGUGUUGGAUUUCCUAACAGCUCAUUCUUGGACUGUCUUCUCAUCUCUUCUCUUCUCUCCUCUUCUUUUUUCCUCUCUUCUCACUCUAUACUCUUUUCCUAGGUAGUCUCACCCACUUCCCUGCUUUUCAAUGCCAUUUAUUUGCUGAUGAUUCCCACACUUAUUUAUUCACUCUGAUGGCCCAUGGGAAUCUCAGAGACCUCCUAUGUGCAAUUCUGAACUCUCAAUCUCUUCCCUUCAAAAGAAUAGUCUCGUCAACAAAUGGUGCUGGGAAAACUGGGUACCCACGGGCAAAAGAAAUUGGACCAAUAUCUCAUACCAUAUGUAAAAACUAACUCAAAAUGGAUCGAUAGCCUAAAUAUAGGACCUCAAAUCAUAAAACUCUUAAAAGAAAACAUAGGUAACAAUCUUCAUGAGCUUGUAUUAGGCAAUAGAUCCUUAGAUAUGACAUGAAAAGCAUGAGUAACCAAAGAAAAAAAUUGAUAAAUUGGCCUUCAUCAAUCUCUUCCUUUCGAAAUUGCUCAUUUCCUGGUGUUUCCCAUUAUAUAAAUGAUACCUUCAUCCAUUCCACCCAGUUGCUCA